GAAAGAAACACAUCAUCAAAUGAUGUUUAACUUGUUUGCAUUGAAUCUUUACAGUAUAUUUUACAGCUCCAGAUCUCGCAUAUACUGCAGUGCAAGAUCGUGGGUAAUGACACCAGCACGCUCCCCCACGCCCGCCAAGACAUGAAAUGUGAUAGACACCCACCAGCUCAAGCUUAAGCAUCGGCCUUCUUCUCCUCCGUCUUCCCACCGUUCUGCUCCUCCUCCAACACAGUUCUCCUGCUCUCCAUCGUGAGCCAGAGCGCCUUGCCCGCACCCUCGAGCGUCGAGGUGAGACCCAUGCCCGCGCUCUGGAGCAUGUGCACAAGCUGGGCACGCAGACCAUCCAGACCAUUCUCGAUGCCACCAACCCACUUGACGCCCUCCAUAUCAAACGCCUUGUCCUCAAUCCGGGCACCAAUGAGCAGCAGCUUCUGCAGGGCGCUCUGGGUGAUAGGUUCAUGAUAACCGGGGUUCUUCUUUCUUGUUGGCGCAGGGAACUGUGGAGGGCUGGGGGCGAGAAUGCUGAGGGCAGCAGCAAGAUGUUGGGGCGACACAGCUGGGAGAGUGAACGCCGCCACAGGACCGACCAUAAGAGCUGAAAGCUGAGCGUAUGUGGAGGUUUCAGGAAUCUUAGUCUCGCCCAUGGUGACACUCUUGACGGCCUUCCAGGCAGCCUUGGAAAGAUCGUGGUUGUACGUGACCUUUACCCUCUUGCCGGUAGCAGUAGGAGCAGAGGUGGGCUCGACUUUCGAGGGAUCGAAGAACUCGACCAGCUUCAUGGCGACAUCAAAGAUACUUGUUCUGACGACCUGGAUCUUAGCCUUGGAGGCAAUAUCGGCAGACGCAUCUCCCGUAGCUGGUACAGCGUCAAGAGCGGCCUUGAGUUCCCGUCUAACAGCAAUCCAUUCCUCGGCAGUCAGGUUAUUGUGUUGGAACAGGAGAACCACGGGGGUGGUGCGGAGGAGGGAGGUAUAUGUUCGGAGUAGCUGGGCCUUCCGGGUCUCGCCAGGACGGGCCGUUGGCGGUUUUGUGGGAGGGACAUAGUCGUCGGGCAGGCUCAGGCCUCUAGAUACCGUCGCAUAUUGUCUGGCGGCCGAGGUCACUGCUGGGGUUGAUGGGCGUAGGAGAGCAGCAGAUGGUCUGGAGGGUUUGACAGCAGCAGUCAGGCCGCGGGCCGACGCUGUGCAUCGUAAUCUUGGUGGCAUGGUGUUUGCUUCUUCUGGUCAGUCUGGUGUUCAACCCUUUCCCAUGGCGCAGUAUACCAACCUGGUCUAACAAAUGGCCUCCCUCUCGUUCAACAACCUCUACGGCUUCCAAUCCGGCAACCCAGAAAUUUUGGCCGCGGCGCCAAUGGAACGGCAGGGUGGUCCAAGCUUCCUUCAAUUCAGACCCAAUAGCGUCUCACCGCCUAAAUUCUGCCAAAAGUGACAGGCUGCCUACCCCUGUAACUUCCCCCGCUGUAACUUGGUAAUCGAGGGGCCGUCGCCGGAAGCUGUGCGGGACAAAGCAUUCAACUCAGACCUGUAAGCUCCUGGCCAUGUUUCCUUUCAAGAUGACUCAACCUUCUCACUUUUGUUUUCUUGCCAUUGGAUUUCAGGAGUUGCUGCUGGGAAUUCGGCAUUCCCCAAUCAAAUAGAAACCGUUUCAAUCCAAGCCACUUUCCCACUUAUUCCAGACCAACUCUGCGACUUUAGUUCAAACUGCCCACCAUGCCGUCGCAAACAGCAACAGCCCCCGCCGAGCUCCCCCCAGUCGACAUUAAACCUCUUCUCUCUCGACUCUGGCCAGUAGGCCACCCAGACACCGUCUCCCCCGACGAGAUCGCCAAUGCCAUCUCCUACUUCUUCACCAACCAAGUCUCCGAUGUCCAAGCCGGCUCCCUCCUCAUGUGCCUGCACUUCACCGGCCUCGACCGCCAAGCAGAAGUGCUCUCCAAGACGGCGCAAGCCAUGUUGAAAUCAGCCGCCAAAAUCGACGUAGAUGAGCUUCGCAAAGUAGUCGACUCCCGCCGGCGACCAGAAGGCGACUACCAAGGAGGCCUUGUCGACAUAGUUGGCACAGGAGGCGACUCCCAUAACACAUUCAACAUCUCCACCACCUCCUCCAUCCUCGCCUCCUCCCUCCUCCUCAUCGCCAAACACGGCAACAAAGCCUCCACCUCCAAAUCCGGCUCGGCCGACCUCCUCAACUGCAUGACUCCCCUCCCCCCCAAAAUCUCCCUCAUCACCCCCUCCACCAUUUCUCUUCUGUAUUCCCGUUCCAACUACGGCUUCCUCUUCGCCCCAGUAUUCCACCCAGGAAUGAAAUACGUCGCCCCCAUCCGCCGCCAGCUCCCCUGGAGAACAGUCUUCAACCUUGUCGGCCCCCUAGCAAACCCAACUGACAUCUCCUCCCCCCCCCUCCUCGAAGCACGCAUGAUCGGUGUAGCGCGUAAAGAUAUCGGUCCUGUCUUCGCCUCUGCCUUGGUUAUGGCCGGAGCAAAAAAGGCAAUGGUUGUUUGUGGUGAUGAGGAGCUAGAUGAGAUUUCUUGUGCGGGGGAGACACUCUGCUGGAGGAUUGUGGACGGGAAGACGGAAAAUUUCCGGUUGCAUCCGCGAGACUUCGGGCUGCCAACUCACCCGCUUAGUGAGGUCUCUCCGGGCAAGGAACCGCAUGAGAAUGCGGCGAUUCUGACGAGGAUUCUGAACGGGGAAGUGCCGGAUGAUGAUCCGAUUUUGCAUUUUGUGCUGAUCAACACGGCGGCGUUGUUUGUUGUUGCGGGGGUUACCGAGGCGGAGACGAGUGAUAUGGGGUAUGGGGAUGACGGUAAGGUCAUUACUGAAAGGGGGCCGGGAGGGGGGAGGUGGAAGGAAGGAGUUAGAAGGGCGAGGUGGGCGGUCAAGAGCGGGGAGGCGGCGAGGCAGUGGGCGAGGUUUGUCGAGGUUACAAACUCGUUUCCCGAAGAGUAGACUUGUCAACUCUUUUGACCGAUUCAGAAAGGGAAAAGGAAGGGGAAGGGAAGGGGUGAAUAUCAAAGUCCAAGUUUCAGGCAUAUGACUUGUUUGGAGUGAAUAUGUGUGACGUUUCACGCAUGCUCCUACAGUUUUGAGCAAGAGC